GCCAACAUAUACGAUUUACAAGUUACUAUUUAGUACUGCUGACAGUUUAACUUAAAUCAAGCUGAAACAACCAAAUUUGAAAACUAGGAAAAUGCAUCAAACCAGGCCCAUGCCAGCGCACAUACACGGCCAGGAAAAUAUAUCAUUUAGCAUUAACCAGAUUCUUAGUCCAGCUUCUGAAGGAUCAACCAUGGACGAUGACAAUGGCGUGGCAAGAGAUUCUUACCAGUACUGUGGUCGAAGUUAUGAGGCUUCCAGUAACACCUUGAACGAAAAGUCUAACAAUAAUAACAGCGGUUCUGGAAACGGUUACUUCUAUCCCCAGCUGGGCGGAUACUGGGGCAGUGACUUGUACAAUGGGCAGUAUUAUAAUGGGUGCAGAUUCACAGAUUAUUACCCGAAUUAUGGAGGUCGUAGCAACUCAAUAUAUGGGAACGAAUACCCACCAAACAACCACCAUGCUGAACCUGGAAGAUCAACAGAAUCUUGUGGAAAGUUCGGUUCAAAUGGAAUUGGUUCAAUUAAUAAUGACAAGUUGAGCGCAUGCUCCAACGCCACAGGUACAAAUGUAAGUGGUUCGGACAGAAACGAAACUUUAUUUCGAAGUAAUACAAGUUCAGACAACUCCCCGACAACAAAGGAUCCAGCGCAGGCACAACAGCCCUUAUCAGACCCCAACCCCCACGAUCGCCAUUUUUCUAAAUUCAACAACUGUCGGUUCCGCUCGUGUGAAGUUGACGGGUUUAACAAACUGUACGAUAAGGAGUCUCAAUGUAGCCAACAACAGAACACACUGGGGAACCAUUACAGCGGUGCUUUCGCUGCAACAAACUGUUACGGGAGCUGUUGUACAGGCUAUGCGGCGGCAGCAGCCUUGCUGACCGGCGGGCUACCCCAAACAUCGUGCGGGGUCGGAUCCUUGGCCACCCCGGCACUAAACGUCAACCCAGCACAUACAACGUUUACUCAGCAAGCAGCCGCGAUGGCCGCAGUUGAUUCAGCCGUUGCAGCGGCCACUGCUGGGUCAGGAAGCCUCCUUCGAGUUCCCAACCACCGAAGCCUCCACAGAUCUUCACUGUUAACUUCCAACUUCCCAUGGAUGGAAAGCAGACGGGAACGAAUAGCACUCACCAGAAGAAUCGGGCAUCCAUACCAAAACCGAACUCCUCCAAAGAAAAAGAAGCCUCGAACAUCUUUUAGUAGAAUUCAGAUAUGUGAACUGGAAAAAAGAUUCCAUCGGCAGAAAUACCUUGCGAGUUCGGAGCGAGCAGCACUGGCAAAGUCACUUAAAAUGACUGACGCCCAAGUAAAAACUUGGUUUCAAAACCGACGUACAAAGUGGAGAAGGCAGACAACUGAGGAGAGAGAAGCAGAGCGACAAGCUGCGCAACGACUCAUCAACCAGUUGCAACAAGAAGCGUUGGCGCGUGCACCGAUGCCGGCACCAGAUGCCAUUUGUUUGCGGAAUGCUUCACUAUACGCCCUGCAUAAUCUACAAGCCCGCCUUCAGAAUGCACAAUAACCAACAGCACAGUUCUUUCUUGCAAACCAUUCCACCCAGCACAAGCACACAGAUACGUUGCGAUGUAUAAUAGCGUCACAGCUCCUUAUGUUUUAAAACGCGAUUCCAAGUGUAAUAGAUCAAUUUACAAAAGUUUCAAAAUGUUUUCAUGUUCCGUAUACUUUGUUUCACAUUUUUCAACUUCUUCCACUGUAUUUUCCAAGACGUUUAUUGAUUAUAUUAUUUAUUCCAUGCGCUCAAUAACUUUUGCAUGGAGUUUUAUCUUUGAUGUUUUGGACGCAGCUUUUUUAAGAAUAUUUCUUCCACAACGUUUCAUCUGCUUUUAAUGUUAUCAUGAUUAUGUUGUUACGUCUUCCGUUUUGUGGGUUUCGCUAUAUAUGGAUUCCACCACAAGAAUAUAUAAAGUUAAACAACACCC